CAUCAAUCCCAAGCAUCUUGUUCAGCUGAAUUGGUCCAAGGUUCCGCCCGUUCAGCUCGCUCAGCCACUCAUACUAGCCUGCUCAGCCCAACGAGACUGCCCUUGCGUGUCCGCCGGGAAGAUUGUGAACAGAAGACUCUGCUUCAGACUUCAAAAGAUACCCUGUUCCAUGACCUGAACACGAACCUACAUGAUACAGCAUGUAAUGCUUGUUCGAUGGGGAGAAUACGACAGAUCCUGCGACAUACCAUGGCACUUAUCCAGAGACGCACUGAGGAUAUUGGUGCGCGGAACAACCCAACCGAUUGGAGCGCAAUGUUGCCUAAUCCGAAAACCCACAUCCGCCUGCUCACGAUUCUCCCAGGUCGACAGACAGAAGAAGUACGUUGUACCUGCAGCACUAUCAGCAGCACUAUCAGCCUUGAUAGCAGGCCGAGAUACAAUGCCCUAUCAUAUGCCUGGGGCAACCCCGACGAAAAGGCUCAAGUCAUCGUCAAUGGCGUCCAAGUCACGGUCAACAGAAGUCUGGCUGAAGCCUUGAGCCGUAUUCGCCGUCAACAAGAACCGGUUGUCAUCUGGGCAGAUGCCCUUUGCAUCAACCAGAAUGACGCAGACGAGAAAAAGUACCGAAUCGAUCUCAUGCACCGCAUCUAUGGCGAGUGCGAGAAUUGUUCUGUCUGGCUGGGGGGCAUCGUCGUGAAAGGAGAUAGCGGUACGGCCGCAAAGCGAUCUGCAGCAGCAGCCCUUAACGCUCUGCGCAUCAUUGCGGAGGAGCCACACGAUGAAGAGCUUGGCUGGCCCGGGGAGGAUCCAGUUGCUAAGAGCCCUGCUGGUAAUGGGCUUACCGCCGGGGCAGCCUUACAGUCGAUGAUGGACUGUGAGUGGUGGCAGCGCAUCUGUACUGUCCAGGAGGUCUGUCUGCCCUCGAAAGCCACGGUUCUCUGGGGGCCACUCGAGAUCAGCUUUCAAACGAUCAUGGACGCGGCGAGCUAUAUGGUGCAACCGGAUGAGCACCCGCAACACAAUAACAUUUUUGAUCUUUUCCAAGAGGGCACCGCCAUUUACCCAAAGCUUCAUACAAGUCCGUUCACAAUACCCGUCCUCAGCAUUGCUCACGCCAACGGACUAUGUCCUCGAUAUUGUGGUUCUGGGUCCUGGAUCUGGCCCAGCCGGAGGAAUCCAAGUGCACCAGCGAUUUCUGGACACACGAUAUUGCUUGGAGGCAAUUCUAUGCUGGCCGCGGUCUACCACGAUUCAGGCCGCCAGUCACCGAAGCAGGAAAUCCCGUAUUGCUCACUUUAAAC